UCGUUGAUGAUAAUACAUGUGAAAUAUUCUUCAUAUUUAGAAUUCGAAAGAGGUUGGAACUCUAGCCUAGGUAUGAAAGUAGAAUUCGAAAAGUGUUGGAACUCUGGUCUUGGUAUGAUAGCAUCCACCUGCGGAAUAUAUAAGGGUUUAAUUCUGAUGGAAGAGAAAAACGUUAGAGAGGACCUGGAGGACACGAUGUCGAUUGAAGACCAUCUCAAGAAUAUAGUUGACAAAACAGACCAGUUGAACCUUCAAGAAGAUGAGAAAUUGCAGGCAGAACAAGAGCUACUAAACAAGAGAAACCGAAGUUUGUUGCCUCAUUAUUUCAAACCGACAGCUGAACAAGACAAUGAAAAGCAAGUUCCUACCACUGAAGAACCAGAAGUUAGUUUGGGAACCAGAGAAAAGGAGAAUGAGAACAAGAGUUCUGUAUCAAAGUUAAGAUCCCGACUAGCUCAGAUUGAGCCUAUUCGUUUUUAUGGGAAGAACUACCAUAUCUGGGCGCAACAGAUGAAACUUUACCUAAAGAAAUUGAAGGUUGCAUAUGUACUCUGUGAGCCCUGCCCAACCAUUAUGCUUGGAUUAGAAGCAAGUCCAGAGGAAAUUGUUCAAUCCAUGGCUGCUAAACAGAAAUGGAUGAAUGAUGACACCAGGUGUGGUCGUACGAUCUUGCAUCAUCUAUCUGUUUGUUUAUUUCAUGCUUACUCACAGAAACAGAAGACUAUGACUGCGAAAGAACUGUGGAAAGAUCUAGAAUUAAAAUUUGGAACAGAAGCAUCUAUGAUUACAACAGAGACAUCUCUGGUUGAAAAGUACAUCAAAUUUCGGAUCCUUCGGACAAAACCAAUUGUGGAGCAAGUUAAAGAAUUCAAUAGUAUCUUUGAUUCUCUUUUCGCUUCUGGACUGGUGGUCGAUGAGAAAUUUCAUGUCAAUGUCCUCAUCUCUAAGCUCCCCACUUCUUGGAAAAAUGUUUUCAACCGGUUGAUAGGCAAGGAGUAUCUGAGUAGUCUUGCAAUGGUGAUGGAUAUUUUGAGGGUUGAAGAAGGGCGGCGCUUCAUGAGGAAGAAUUUGAAGUUACAUUCAUGAUUCUUUUAUGGGACAUUUCCAUAUUUUCCCCAUCGAAGGUGAACAUGAUCUACACAAGGUUGCUUUUUAAACUUAAUUGUGUUAUUACCAAAAAAAAAAAAAAAAAAAACUUAAUUGUGUUAGCUAGAGGACCAGUUUUAUGCCAGUAAAUAAUAAUUUGACACCUUGAUUUAGAAGUAGGAAUUGCUAAUCAAGACUGUAAUUGUGAGUUCAGUUUAUCAUUGCAGUUAUUGAGUUCUGGACCGUGUUUUAGCUGGAUCAAUGUACAUAAGUUGUCUUGGCCAGGUUCUCUAGAAUUGAUUUAUCCGGAACUUAUUCUUCUAUAAUUCUAGCUUUGCACGAGAUCUUGUA